AUGACAAAAUGCAGAAAUUCUGAAGAUUCUAACAAAGGUGACAAGAAGAAGAAGUCCAUUAUUACAAACAUAUUCAGCAAGAAAGGCAAGAAUGGCAGAAGCACCGACGAUGAUAUAUUCCAAACAAGGGAUUUUGUAGUUUCUAAUGAUGUGGAAAGGAGAUUGAUGGCAAGAAGGAACUUCUUGGAUUCUUCUCCCAUUGUUCGGAAAAGCUUUUCAGACAGGCAUCAGAGUGCAAGAAUUGAAAGCCUAAACUUGUGUAGUUUAGACAAACCUGUAAGAAAGUUGUUCGAAGUUCAUGAGUUAAGAAUAUAUGUAGGGACAUGGAAUGUAGGAGGAAGAGCUCCACACAAUGAGCUUAACCUUGAAGAUUUCUUACAAGUUGAAGGCUCUCCUGACAUCUAUGUUUUAGGGUUUCAGGAAAUAGUUCCUUUAAAUGCAGGCAAUGUGCUAGUAAUUGAAGACAAUGAACCUGCAGUAAAAUGGCUUGGCAUCAUAAGCCAAGCAAUCAACAAACCAAGAGAUCAAACAUCUAAAGAAGACUCAUCAAAUGGUGGAUCAAAACACAGCACCAAGGACUCCAAAUCAGGCCUACUCUUCUUCCAAAAACCUUCACUUAAGGUCCUUAGCAAGAAUUACCGUUCCGACGGUGCUGCAGUGAAGUCCUGCAACUACUCUUCGGAGGCAUCGAGUGUUCGUCGUGGAAGAGAACUCAGAGACUUCUUGCGGAGGACUGAUUCAAGCUCUGACGAUGAUUCUUUUCCGGCUUUUUGCAUGUCUGAAUCUCAAUACCAAAUGCCUUACUCACUUAUAUCAAGUAAGCAAAUGGUCGGCAUUUUCUUGUCGGUGUGGGUGAAGACGGAGCUUGUCCCUUAUGUUAGUCAUCUCCGAUCAUCGACAACUGGAAGAGGCAUUAUGGGUUGCCUAGGCAAUAAGGGUUGCAUUGCCAUGAGCAUGUUGGUACACAGGACAAGCUUUUGCUUCGUCUGCAGCCACUUGGCUUCCGGCGAGAAGGAAGGUGAUGAGCUAAGGAGGAAUUCAGAUGUCGCCGAAAUCCUCAAGAACACUCAGUUCCCUAAAACAUACAAGUGUUCAUGCAGAAGAUUCCCUGAGAAAAUUCUUGAUCAUGACCGAGUAAUAUGGCUUGGAGAUUUGAACUACAGAGUAGCUCUAAGCUAUGAUGAGACAAGAACAUUGCUUGAAGAUCAUGACUGGGAAGCACUCUUGGAGAAAGAUCAGUUGAGAAUAGAGAGGGAUGCAGGAAGAGUGUUUAAUGGAUGGAAGGAAGGGAAGAUAUACUUUGCUCCUACUUACAAGUACUCACAUAACUCAGACUCUUACGCCGGAGAGACGGUGAAGUCGAAGAAAAAAAGGCGAACACCGGCGUGGUGUGAUCGGAUAUUAUGGUAUGGAGAUGGGAUUGAGGAGGUGCAAUACAUAAGAGGUGAAUCAAGGUUCUCGGAUCACAGGCCAGUGUGUGCAGUGUUCAUGGCUCAGGUGGACAAGACUAAUAAUGUUAAUGGGAGAGUGAGGAAAGGCUAUUCCGGUGUGGUUGGUGCAAGGUGCCAUUUUGAUGACGCUAUUCCACAAAGACAUAGCUUCUAUGAGUUCUGA